AUGAUGUACUUUGAUAAGAAUUUUAGAAGAGACUGUGCUAACAACACUGCAUCUGAAAAUAAGAUAGAUCAGAUGCUUUAGGAAUUUGAAAUCAAUAAAUAAAAGAAAUUACUCGAUGAGAUGAAAAGAAACCCUUAAAAACAAAUUAAGCCAAACCCUGAAGAUGAAGCAAAGAAAUAAGAAGAGCAAAAAAACUAAGUUAAACCUAACGAAGCAUUAGAUAAAUUGCUUAAAGCUAUAAAAAUAGAGACGAAAACUUCAAAGUGCUUAGAGAUGAUUAAGACACUAUUUAAAGGGCACAUUUUAGAGCUACAUCCAGCUCACAUUUUAGAUACUGUUUACUUGCUAACAGAUAUUCCAUUAAAUUAUCGAAAGUAAGAUGAUUUAAAGUACUUGAUAGUAAUAUUGAAUAUCAUUAUAGAUGCAAGAGAGCAUUGUAUAUUAAGAGAAUAUGGAAAUUUUUAUAAAAUAAUAGAUACUUUUAGAAUCAAUCUUCUUUUAUUUAGAGAUGACUCAUUUUAGUUCCAAGCAUACAUGAAAAAAAUUAAUGAACAUCUCAAUAUGUUUUACGAGUAGACAAACUACUUUAAGACUAUCAAUUUUUAAGAACCUCAAGAGUAGGAGUAGGUUGAUCAGCAAAAAACCUAGGAAUAAGAAUAAAAACCAGUAGCAGAAUAGAAGUAAGAAAUUCCUUAAAUUUCUAUUUAGCAAAAAGAUUAAGAUUAGCUAGAAGAUGUAGACAAAAAGGAAUCAAACGAUGAGGGAUCUAAGGUUUCUGCUAUUAGAGAGAGAUUAAUGAAAAAGAAGUAAGAAAAGUUGCAAAAAAAAGAUGAAGAGAAGACAUAAAAUUUAAUUCAGUAGAUACCAAAUUAGGAAUUGUAGCAAUAAGCAGAACAAGCUCCUUAGCAAAUUAAACUAAUUAAAAAAGAAGAUAUUGUAUAAAAACCUGAAUCUAAGGUUGCUUAUGAAUACAGUUUAUCUGAAAAUCUGUAAAAUUUACUUAAAAGUAAAUUAGCUCAGUAUAAUUUUUAGAAAAAGCUUUUAGUAAAAGCGUUGAUGUCUAUGAAACAUUUGCUGAACAGAGAAUGGUCAAAAAUAUCUGUCUAUUCUUUAAUUAAUGACAUAUUCCUAAAUUACAGAGAUCACUUUGAUGAGUAAAGUAUGAAGAAAAUUGACGAUUUCAUGAGUGAAUUGCAAGAGUUAAAAGCUCAAGAUUCUAAAAAAUAAACAUAAAGAAACAUUUAAGAAAGCUAAAUUGUAGGAAAUGCUGUUAGCUCUAAAUUCGAUGUUAAAAAAGUAAAUCUAACUGGAGCAACUCCUACUUCUGGAGACAGUUUGAAUGCUUGGGCUAGUAAAUAAAGUGGUUUAUGA